AUGGAUCAAGACGAUAUCAAGACGGAGACUUCAACAAGUGCUGCCUCCAUCUUGACACCUCCAUCAACCACCGUCGCGGGUGAUGACCCCCGCUACAGCCGCAGCUACCAGAUCCCCUGGCCUGGCAACACGUAUAUGAUCAUCGAAAAGGGCACCGACCGUGCCAUCACCCUCACGAGUACCGGCCUUUACCUCCAAGACAUUGAAAAAGACCCCAGCGCCAACAACCACUGGCUAUGCGUCGAUAGCCACAAUUACAUUGGCUUUUUCAACACAAAGGCCAGGGUGUACAUGGGCCACGACGGCGGCAAUGGCAUGCUUGCAACUGCUGGAGUUCUGAAUGACUGGGAGUUAAUGGUGCCGCGGCAUCAUCCCGAUGGUGGCUAUCAACUAUUGAUGCCGUACUGGUCUAGUGCGAUGAUGAUGGUCACGGCUGAGGAGGACGGGGGGAGUGUGCUGAGGACCAAGCAUGGAACGACUCCAGCCUGGGCAUCGACCAACAGCAAGUGA